AUGCGAACUGUUUCGCUGUCAUCGCGGCUGCAGUGGGCAUUCCGCGGAACAGUGCUUCCAGGCGCCCUGGCGACAGGUGACGUCGACAACGACGGGUGCAAAGAGUUUGUCGUUGGCAGCGUUCAGGGCGAGCUGGCUAUCUUCCGUGGGCGCGGCGGUUGCGGCUCGUGGCGGUACUCAGAGGACCAAAUUGAGCCCGAAUACGAUUGCUGGGACGCAGUGGAGCGCGGUGAGUUUCCUGUUGACGGGAUUGACACGCAACAAAACGAGAUGGUUCCGGGUAUGAAACGGCGGAGUACGUACACGAGUCUCUUGCAAGACGCAAUGUCCAACCGCGAGUCGGUCGCUGUUGACGAUAUCAUGCAUUUAUUCGAGGGCAGCGAGCGGGACAUUGCUGCGCAUUUAGACUCGGUGGCCACAAGCGAAGACGAGACCAGCAGGGGCACUCGAAGGGGGGCGUCGCUGAACCCAUGGGAUCCUGAGCAAACUGGUCAUAUCAAAUGGGAGGACGCCUUGGACAUUGAGCGCGACGGCCGCAAGCCGUGGGUGCUCGCACAAAAUCUAGGAACUAUAUCCUCUGUAGCUGUGGCCGAUAUUAGUAAUUCGGGACACAACUCGGUUAUUGUCGUGAACGGCGAGGGAAAGUGCCACAUUUUUGAUUACCCGUUCAAGCGCCGGCUGCAUCCGGAAAUGGUCAAGCGAAAGCGCCAGCGCAACCAUUAUCGCCGAUUUUCCCAGGACCGCUUUUUCAAGGACGGCAUUGUUGUCGAUGCAGUGGAUCCUCAUGCAGACCAUGUCGAACGCGCGGCACCCUCAGCGGAUGGCACAGUGGCUGGACACGGCACGGUCAAGGGUCCGGGCCAUGGCGUCGGGCGUGCGCCGGCGAGUUCCGCGCAUCCCGUUUCUAGUGCCGAUCCUGCAAGGCGACCGAACCUCAUGCGCUCCAAAUCGACUUUCGCUGAGGCGCCCGUUUCAUAUUCUGCCACGCAGAUUGGCGAGCAGGCCCGCGACAAUUGCACCAAUAGCACCUCGGGCCCGGCGACGCGUAGCAGCGAGACCUUUGCAUCCAAGCCGACUUGGAGGCCUCUAUCGGGAAUUGAGGGCCUGGUAUUCGAUUCUAGUCAUAGUGGCUAUCUAGCACCUGGCACUGACAGCGCGUUGCCCACGAGCAAUGUCUCAUCACAUGCCGACCCGCCACUGACUAUUCUCAACAAGCACGAGGGCAGGGAGUCAUCGUCGGCUGCGUUCCAUGAUGUCGGUGGCCGGGACGACGAGCCAGGCAGGUUGCCGUCGUCUCCGGCAGCCAUGCGCCCGCGUGUGACCGUAGCGCCGAGUGCAUCCGCGCAAGGCGGAUUUAGCGCAGAGGUGGGAAGCAUCGGGGGGCGAAAUCUCCACCACCAUCAUCCGGACGCGUCCGAUGCGGGGGUCGAGUCAUUGUGCUUAGCAUAUGGUGAUGGCGACGCAGAUGAGGAUGCAGAUUCUGAACAGGACUUUGCUGACUCGCAUUCUGACAUUGGCGACAAUUCGCUGCUCACCAGCGAGGAAGUGGCGGACAUCGAGAAGAUCUGGGGGGCAAAUAUCGGCAAGAAGAGCGGCGACUGGUUCCCCUUUGUACUCGAUAAGCCAGAUAUGACAUUUUCUAUUCCGACAAACGUUGAACACGCCUUGGUCGCCGAUGUAGACAACAACGGGCUGAACGAGCUUGUGCUCACAGCGACAGACGGCUUCGUAUACAUAUUCAGAAUUGAGCCGUCGGUUAAGCACGCGGUCAAGCCGACGCUGUCAGCGCUGGGUGUCUUUAGCAACAUUCCCACGACCUUGCCGAGCGUCAACAUGACUGGAAAUGGGUCGCCGUUUAUGUACAUGUCAGCGCCGCGCUCGCCAGACGCCUCUGAUUUUGAUCUCGACUACCCCGGAAAGGGACCCAAGCUACCGGCAAGCAAUACGCGCUCGCAAAUGAGCCGUGCUGAAAAGCCUCUGGCUGCGCCUGCAGCGGAGGCAGCGGCCGAGGUGGAGUCCGAUUUGAAUCUGGUCAACCACUUGCUAAAGUCUAUCAAAGAUGUGUCUGCACCGCCAAGUGAGCACCGGGCCGACGGGGGGCACACAGAAAAGGCGCAGGCGCAGCCAGUUGCUUCGGGUCUAGCUGCCACUUCUGCCGCUGCCACUGCUGCAGUCGUGCCUGGCACAACGCAGUUGCCCAUUGCCGAUCGCCGGUCCGGCGCUGAACGCCGGGUAUCGCUGACCAGCCGCAUGCGAGAAAACUUUACUGGGAUUGUAUCGGGCUGGGACGCGACGCGCAGGUCGAUUUCCUCGUUCACCCAAACCGCACCUUCGAGCAUUAACAACUCGCGCGCGCAAACCGCCAAUAACAGCGGGACAUCGACCAAUGCGCAUUCACGCAUACCAAGCAUUAGUGACGAUGACACGGGUGCUGAUGUUGAGACAUACCGCGGCAAAUCGGCGCUUGACCUAUCGACAUCAAACUCUGAAACUAGUAGUGCCGCCGCGUCCAAGGUUUCGCCGGCUAUUCAGCUGAGCCCAGCAACUUUGGCGGCUGCGAGCGAGCUGCGGCUGCCGCGGAUCAGGAAUAACACUGUGUCCAUUGGCACAGUGAAUGUCAUGGAGGGGAUUCCGGAGCGCCGCUCGAGUGAGAUUGAUCUUUGUGGCGAUCGCGAUCCGUUUAAUACGGUCGGCACGCCGAAUAGCCGCAUGCUCAGCAGAGCUUCUACUCACGAGCCAACGUCGGGCGAAACAGAUGGUGCUGCGCUCAAGGUAUUAUCUCCACUGUUUGCAGCUCAGAAUGACCCCACCAGCGUUUCCGGGCUUGUUGACACGCUCGCCCUCCAUCGCCGGGUCGGCAGCACCAGCAGCCGGACCAACCUCAGGGCCGACGGCCUGGUGAGGUCUAUUGGCGCUGGAAGCAGUCGCGGGCACAGCCGGCAUGGAAGUGUAUCGAGCGUGGCCAAGGCGCGUGUUAUACCAUCGGUUGCCACUGCUGUGCUGGUUACGCCCCCUCCGAUGCAGCCCUCCGAUGCCGACUUCGCGCCCGAUCAGACACACACUCCAGGAGACGGGUCUGACAGUCGGCGCGAGAGUCGGCGCACAAGUUUAUGCAGCAACGUCAGUGCCCGCGAGGACGGGACACACACCAACUCGGCCACUGCCCAGCUAGCAGCCAAGCCCAUGGAGGCGACAGUCAGCGCGCGGGGGAGCUUUACCAAGCCCGUCUAUCCACAGCCCCCGACCAGGCCUGUGGAUGCCGACGACAACAACAGCAUUAUCUCACAAGUCACUGAGAGGCUGGCCGAGCUCACCAUGAAGGUCAAGGGCAAGAGCCCGGCGCUUGCAGCGAACGACAAUCAUGCGGCGAUGACGCCGAUGCUAAGGGCCAGCUACGUGAACCCCUACUACGAGCCCACUGAUCGCGAGUUUGUGGCAAAGCAACUGCCGCCACCUAGGAACGUCGUUGAUUGGUCGACUGCCAGCGCCGACAAGGUGGCCACCUGGUUUUUAGACAACAUCCCAGGCAAUGUGGCGGUGGUGAACGCGCCAGCCAAGGCAUUCGGCGCCCCGGUGGUGCAGCAGUCCUUGAACCAGGAUUCCGACGACCUUUCUGACUACAGCAGCUCGUCCUGCGAUUGCUCUUCGUGCUGUAGCGAUAGUGAGGUCACAGAGUCGUCAGAUUCAGAGGCAGAGCGCCGGCCGCCGGCGACAAUGCCGCCUCUUUUAAAGCCAGCUGUGUUCUCUGAGGGUCAUGCGCAGAUAAAGGCGCUGCUUCCUACGAGCUAUGUUCCGUACCCAGGCGUCACUCUGCCGAAAACGCCAGGGCUUGGCGCGAUCAACAAAAAGGAGCCCACAGCAGAAGAUGAUAACUCGGACAAACCUCCCAAAGCAUCGUCGCCAAAAGUCAACAGCGUUGCGGAUGACGGCUGCGAAAAUAUACUCGGCCAAUCGCCAGAAGACGCAUCGACGCACCGCCCCAUGCCACUUGCGAGCGAUUUACAGCGGUUCUUGAUUUUGAGCAAGCCUGGAAACCGGUUUGUCCCUAUCGACAUGGUUAAUGGCGCAAUGAUGGCAACGGUUGAGUCUCCACAGGUGCCGUCAGGACUCUUAACAGGCGGAAACACGGCUCAUAUGAUGAAUGUUGACACGAGCGGUGCCAUGCGCAACAUCCAGCUGGCCAUGUCGCUAGGGUUGUCCAUUCCGCAGUUAUCUGGGUUUGAUUAUGCAGCCAUCUCAAGCUCGUACGUAGGCCAGUCAUCCAGCUGGCAGAGUGGGAGCAUGCCCUGGGCGCAUGCAAAUCCAGCGUCCACAUACUCUUACGGCUCUGUCGCCAGUUAUGCCAAGAGUCCUGCGGGUGCCCACGAGGCCACGAUGCUGUUAAGGUCACACCCUGCCGCAGGUGGUACCGCGACUGAUUCGCCAAGCCCACCGACAUCCACAGCCCACCGCAGCAGUACUGAGGAGCCGCUGAUUUCCCAGUUCCCAUCCAAUGAGGCCCUGAGCAACAUGUCUGCUGGAAGCCCCUCGCCAAGAAUAUCACAGCAGAUCUAUAGCCCCAUGAUCCCCGCAUCUGCCACUAGCUCCAGGCAGUCGCAGUCGAGCCUUGUUUCAAAUUCAGUCUUUAACGCCGGGCCGGGAAGCGGGCCCGUGUCGUUGUCCUCAAACAUGCGGUCGAUGCGCAGCAUGCACCGUAUCAGCACCGAUGGUUUGCGCAGCCAACACUUUAACCCUGGCUACGGCCCCAGCCCCAUCAACCGCGGCAUGUCUCCGAGCGGGUCCAUGACGCCUGUUGCCGGCGGAUUUCCGAUCAUUUCUAGCCAGCACGACCGGGGACACCUGGGAUUCGCAGGCCUGCGCGGGUACAUUGGCAACGGAAUUGGCCGCCAGCGUUCCGGCGGAUCGACCACCAUCAUUCGCACGGACGAUGGAAACCCGCUCUCAGGCUACUUCUCGCCAGGGACCGGUGUCCCGGAGUCAGCAGCGCGCGGACAGAGCGCCGGGCCAAUUGGUCCAACCGCAGGCUCGGCGAUUAUGCCCCGAGACCCAUUCCCGGGCCAUUCCUUGUCAGCGUCGACCAACGCAUCGGCGGCCAAUACAGUCGAUCGCAGCGGUAGAAUCCGGCUUGACAGUAUGCGGCAGUUCUCGCGCGGCAAUCACAACAGCCCGACAGUACCAGGAGUCCCAUCAGCCUCCCCGCAGCGCGGCCAGCAGUCCAUGCGCUACAGCCCGUCGGUGGCAGCGUGGUCCAGCUUCAAGGAGGGCAGUGUGCUUAGCACGAUCCGAGACCAGGACGAUGUUAACGAGGGUGACGACUAUGCACCUGAGAUGGCGCUUCCAAAUCAGGCAAACACAGGUUCUGGGCGCUUUCCGAGCGAGCCGUUGCCAAACAUGCCUGCCUCUGCCAACUACGCGAGCCCAUUUGCGGACGAUGCUGCUGCGCAUGGCCGUGGGUACUGGAUGAACACAGAGCCGCAGUCGGUCAGGUCUCAGUCUUCCUUGGGCACCGGUACAGGGGCCAGCACUAAUCCUCGACUCAUGAGCCAGGAGAAGGAGGAGGAGAUUGAGGAGGCGCCGCAGCCCAUGGAAAUGGACGUGGCCACAUACAUGGUAGGCGGCGUUGCUGCUGGAAAGCGCAUGCGCCGGCGAGUUAAAACUGAAAGUGGUUCAGACAACGCUGGUACCACCGCCGGAGUUGACGACCAUAUUGGCAACUGCGAAGAGGAAUACGAGCUGAACGAAUUGGUGUCCUUGGUCACAAUGGAUGGCAUCAUCAACUGCUACGAUCCCGCGCGCAAGGUCAAUCAUUUCAUCAGCCUGAACUCCAAUGAUCCGGUGCUGGGAAUCUGGAAAGUCAAAAUGCAUGAGGACAUCUGCCGCCCGUCGGCAUUGCAGUCUAUGCUUGAGAGGGAGGAUGUCGACGAGAGCAGCAGCGAGUUGGUUGACCGAAUGCUUCUUAAUACCCCGACCAAACGGAUAUUCCGGCAAGUUGGGCUCUCGAAUCGUGAUCUGUUCCAUGCCGUCUGCUACUCGACUUAUGUUGAGGAGCGCGUGAACUUGGUCAACCGGAUAGAGACGUAUCGCCGCAGGCAGGCCAGGCGCCGCCUGCUCAAGGCUCGUGGACAGACGCGGUCGGGCUAUGGGGCGAUGCCCGGGGACAACAAAUUAAUGGCUGUUGCAUCCAAGCGCGAGGGCCCGUCGCCGGUACUUUCGCGGAGUAAUAAGAUGUCGCGAAUUACAAAGUCUGGUUUGAACAACCGAAUCCGAGACAACUUGAACAAGUACAACCGCGUUGGUCGAGUAGUUCGCACGCUGGGCAACCACAUACGCGACUUGGCUAUUAGCAGCGGCGGGGGCAGUGGCGGGCAACAGGGUGCGGUGGACUCGAUGCCCGCGUUGGUUUAUGCGACGCCGUCGCAGAUGGAUACCGGCGAGACAAGAAGCGCAGCGCGCGGACAGGAGACUGAGGCCAAUACUCCGGGUAUGUCUGUGUCGCCUAAAUCUUGCAGGAGGACUACUUUGCACCAGAACAUGCAGGUUUCUGCCUCUGUCACCACCACCGCCGCCAACAGUGGCGGCAUGUUGCUUGCUCAGCACGGCGGUGUCGAUCAGUACGACGACGCCAACGACGCCACUGAUGAACAGGAUGAUGGAGACAACGACGGGCACAACUAUGGUGGCGGUGGAGCUGCGCGCGCGCGGAAUAGUGCAGGCUUCGGAGCGCAUCAGUCUCAGCGCCAUUUUGCAUUUGGAACGACUUCAUCCAGCAGCAACCAGCUCAACAGCAGAAGCCACCUCACGUCGGCACCUCGCAGCUCGGUCAGCAUAGGUGCAGUCCCGGCGCCCGUGGCCAGCAAGGGCUAUGGUGCGGACAUUGCCGCUGCGCUGAACGGGUGGUAUGGCGAGAACAAGGAUGACUACCGCCGGAGCCUGCGCGUGUCCGACCACCUUGUUGUCAGCUCAUGGCGAGGCUCCACAUUCUUUGUCGACGUCAGUACGCUGCUUGACACUGCGCACUAUAACAAUCUUUUUAAUCACCGCUGGGAAACCAACGUGGCAGAUAUUGCCGAGUGUGUCAUUGCUGCCGCAACCGCUGCAGCCAGCAUGGCCGAAAAGGAUGGGAACAUUAGCGCUGAGGCGCGGAACUGCAACCUGGCCACUGUCUACGGGCAGCUCAGCGAGUUCUCGGACAUCAGCGGCGUCAUGUCGCGCCUGCGGGCCAAUGCCAGCGUCAUCCAGUUCAAGUUUCAGGACACGGUGUCAGCUUUUUUGGCGGACACGUAUGCGCCGGCGACUGGCGGCCCCAACGUGCCGUGCAUGUUCUACGUGGACUACAAAGACCGCAUCUGGACGUAUUACCACCUGGAUGAGAUUGCCGAGAUGGACGAUGUGUAUGGGGCAACAUGGUUCCGCGGUGAGCCCGAGUCUCUGAACACACCGACGUCUCGCGCGCGGGCGAUCGAGUGCGGGGCCGACCCUGGCAGCUAUGACAAGCCGUUUUCAGUCGUUGACCUGGCGUAUCGGCGGAUCAACCAGGAUCCCUGGAUCCCGUUGAUCGGAGACGAGUCGUAUGCAAAUCUGGUAAACUACAACGACUGCGACUACCCGUACUCGGCUAAGACCUGGCGCAAGCGUGCCAACAGCCCGGGACAUAUGCCACAUGAAUUAGACGGUCAGGACAGGCCCCAGUGCAAUCACAAUGGACAGAAUCAGCAGCGGCAGGAGCAGAAAGACGACGACGACGACAAUCUAGAAGAAGGGCGGAGCUCUCCAAGCGAGACAGGCACGCAGGCGUUUGUCUCUCGGGCGAAUGCCAACAUUGCUGGUCGGUUCCACAUGUCCUAUCUUCCAGGGCCGCAUCUGUGCCCGAUCUGGGCGGACAUUAAGUCGGUUGACCUGUAUGACGUCGGCGCGUGCAACCUGCUCGAGAUUGCCUCGCCUGAGCUGCUUGCAGUCAAGGAGGUGUUUUGCAAGGACCUUGGGCUUGAUCCCAACUCUAUCGACGAACGUGUCAACCUGGCCACCAUACCUGGGCUUUCAAACUGGGUGCACCGCCGCUUGUACAGCUAA